AUGGCAAAUGUGACGGAAGUGGUCAAACAUUGCGCGGAAUAUUAUGAAACUCCAUGGGCUACAAUAAUAUCAUUGUUCGUGUUGUAUAUUGUGUUGUUGCUGUGGUUUUGUCGACGUAAGUUGGGGUUUUAUUGAUGAAAAAGAUUUGUUUUGAUAUUUUUAAGCUUUUUGGUGUGAUAAAACGAAAAAAAUUGAAGUUUAGUAUAUUAUUUUAGGUUUAGAACUAUCAUAAUAUAAUUUUGAAGAAAUAAACAUGUUUAAUGCUUAAUUUUAGAUGGAAAACAGACGUGUUUACCUUCUCCGGACUCAAUUUAUCCAUAUACACCUAGAUUGGAGUUUUUAAAACGUUGUAAGUUCAUUUUUCCUUUGUUUUCUUCAAAUUUUAGGUAAAGUCCUAUGUUAUCCACGAAUUCUUUUCAGCACUAGAGCAUCUUCUUGUGGAUGACAUGUUUAUAGAGUUAACGGACAGUAAACUUGGCCAAGGAGCUGUUGGGUUUGUAUUCAAAGGGUAUGUUUACCCAAAAACUCACACCAGGUUCAAACAGAAGACUUUCGCUGCUGUUAAGGUAUGUCAAGAUGCUUUAGAUCAGUGCUUGAGAACGUGCAACUUUCUUAGAGUUUCACUUAUUUUAGAUGUAUUAUAGACUUAGCAAUGUUUUAUUAUUAAGUUUGAAUAGAAAAGGUUUUAUUUUUGUUUGUUUUGAGGCAAUAUUAUUCAUGACACAUAAAUUUUUGAAUAUUUCUUUUUAUUUUGAGAUUUUACAAAAACGAGACUAUCAGAGAUGCCAAAACGUUUUUGCAUGCUUUUUUCUACACUUUUCAAAAUAUUUUUAUAAACAAUUCAAAUGAAAAAAUUUAAUUUUUAUUAUUUUAUAUUAACCAUGAAUUCCAAUUUUUCAGAUGUCUUACCCGAUGCCGCAAAAGUCGUUGGGUUUGCUAGAAGAAGCUGCGCGAAUGGCCAAGUUGGAUCAUCCAAAUAUUGUCAAGAUUAUAGCUGUCAGUAAACUGUCGUUCACGGCGUUUCGGCCAAUGUUCGCAAUGGAAUGGCUGCCUGGAGGUAGUUUGGCCGAGUUCUUCCGUGAUCAAAUCAGGCGGAAGGAUGAAAAGGAACGAGAAAUGGUAAGUUUUUUAUUAUUUUUCUUGGUUUUUAGGUAUAUUUCUUGGAUUUUUGAAAUUUUGGAGUUGGAAAGAGUUAUCGCCGUUUUUUGAUUUGUAAACAAUGUUUUUGCCGUUUUUUUUUGUCAAAAAAAACUAUCUUCAGGUCUACAUCCGUGACAUUCUCCACGUUCUACGUCAAGUUUCCGAAGCGCUAAAGUAUAUACACGACUCUCGUGACCAAGAAGGCUGUGAAUUCACACACGGUGAUGUAGCCGCACGUAACAUUCUCUUAAAUCACCGUAACUUGGCUACGUGCGUAGCAAAGCUGGGAGAUUUUGGUCUACCAAUUGACUUUGGACCAAGAUUGCCAAUUCCAUGGUUGCCACCAGAAAUCGUUUGUUCUCUCGACCGGUCGAAUCCAAAACAUCGAGCCGAAUCGGACGUGUGGAUGUUCGGUGUAAUGGCGUGGGAAUGUGCUACAUUGGGAGCGGAACCGCAUUAUCAAAGGACUUAUGAUGAGAUAACGCAAUGUUUUCAACUGCCUGAUAAAGGAUUGGCAUAUCCACCAAGCUGUCCCAGGGAAUAGUAAGUGUUUUUCUGUGAUUUAUUGGGGAUUUAGGACAUUUUUGAUGUUGUAAAGAAAGUUCUUGCUAUUUUUUUCUUGUAAAGAAAUUUCUUACCUUUUUUGGUUUUGUAAAGAAAGUUUUUGACAUUUUACGUUUUGUAAAGAAAGUUUUUGCCAUUUUUGCUUUUGUAAAGAAAAUUCUUGCCAUUUUCAACCCUGUAAAGAAAGUUCUUUCAGUUGGUCUUUGAUAAUGGACUGUUUAUCAGAACAACAUAGAAGACCUCGGUUUGCUGGGUCAACCGAAUCCCCAACCUCGAUUAUUAAUCGAAUCGAAACCCUCGAGGCACAAUUUCAUCAUUCCCCAUUGGUUUUCCAAAUGGUACUCAAUGUGUCGAACUGUACUUGUGCUCAACAUAGGUGUAAUGUACCUUUACCUCCCUUUACUAUACGAUAA